UCUGCGCUCUUCGUGACAAUAGAUAAAAGAUCGGAAAAUCUGAUUUCCUGCCCCGAAAUCACGAGGGAACCUUCAACAGAGACAUCUGAUUUCUAGCUGCCGGACGGCGAGGGUUGCAAGCGGUCGUGACUGAUUGUCGGAACUUUGUGGUCGAAGAUGUUAUGUGGCAACGUCGUUGGGACGAUCACGUCCUGUCUCGGCUUCGUACUCGCGCUCACCGGAAUCCUGACCGAUUUCUGGCUGGUCGAUUUCGGCGCAGGAUUGUUCCACGAAGGGCUGUGGCAGAGAUGCUCCAAGGGAGACUGCGUGAGGCUCUCAGGAAGAGAAUAUAUUGAUGCCACACGGGGCCUCCUGAUUGUCUCCUUGGCCUUCCUCGCCUUCGGGGUGCUGUGUUCCAGUCUUUCGUUCUUUAAAGUCUCGGUGGGAAGAAUCACAGCCUCCUUGGUAGCCGGCAUCAUGGAAUUCAUUUCAGCCGUCUUCCUCCUCAUCGGGAUGUCGGUCUACACCGGGGAGACGCAGUACGGCGUCAAUAACGGCUCCUUAAACUACCAGUGGUCAUUUUUCCUCUGUUGGGCUGCAGUCCUGUCUCUGCUCGUAGCAGGCACAUCCCAUACUUUUGCCCACGUAUCCUCGCCAACCCCUGGAUAUGAAUCGGUUUAACCCUUUCUGAAACGGUUCCUCCGAAGUAUGAUACUCGCUGAAGCCAGAAAUCGAUACAUU